GCGACACCUCGCUCUUUUGUCCCUACGACCGUCUGCACCAGCUCCGCCUUCGCAUCUCCCCCGCAGGCCUGAGAGUGUCCCGCCAUGAUACUCCGGUUUGUGAGCAAGGAAGGCCAAUUCAGGUUGACGGUACAGCCCGAGGACACUUUUACAGACAUCGCCCCCCAGGUCGCCGAGAAGCUCCCCAAGAAUGUCCAAUUCCAGAGCAUCACGGUCAGCAACCGUCCCCAGGGCGGCGAUGCCAGGAAGCUCGCCGACCUGAAGGGUGUGAGCUUCAAGCAAGUGGGCCUAUCCAACGGCGCACAGCUCUUUCUGUCCUUUGAGGAGCAGUCUGCGCCACCGAAUGGCCUUGCUGCAGCUCCGUCAGGCAGCGCAAGACUGAACGGCAAACCCGUCGAAGCCACCGACACAGCCUCUGUGCCCCUCGGCAACCCCACACAAUUUAUAAAGAACCCAUGGGAAGUGGUCAGACAGUCGCCGCUCGACGACCGGCUAGACAGGCAAGAUGGAAAGAUUCCUCGGAAACGCGAUGCUCGCAUGUGCUCCCACGGUCCCAAGGGUAUGUGCGACUAUUGCAUGCCGCUGGAGCCUUACUCGCCCGAGUACCUUGCGGAGAAGAAGAUCAAGCACCUGUCCUUCCAUUCGUACCUGCGCAAGGUCAAUUCUGCAAAGAACAGGCCAGAGCUCGGAAGCUCCUAUAUUCCACCUCUGACCGAACCCUACUACCGCGUCCGACCCGACUGUCCAUCGGGACACAAACCGUUCCCAGAGGGCAUCUGCACAAAGUGCAUGCCCAGUGCCAUCUCACUCAAGCCGCAGGAAUAUCGCAUGGUAGACCACGUCGAGUUUGCAUCGAUACAGGUUGUCGAUGAUCUCAUCAACUUCUGGAGACAGACUGGCUGUCAGCGGCUGGGUUUCCUGUACGGGCGAUACGAGGAGUAUACCGAGGUGCCACUGGGAACAAAGGCCGUUGUCGAGACCAUAUACGAGCCGCCACAGAUUAACGAAGUAGACGGUAUAUCGUUAGGUGACUGGAGCAACGAGCAAGAGGUCGAUGAAAUUGCUGCACAGUGCGGCCUGCAGCGGGUUGGUGUCAUUUUCACAGAUCUGCUCGAUGCAGACAAGGGCGAUGGCUCUGUCAUCUGCAAGCGACACAUGGAUUCUUACUACCUAUCUUCUCUCGAGGUUUGCUUCGCAGCACGGUAUCAGGCCAAGUACCCUCGGCCGUCCAAAUGGAGCGACACCGGACGACACGGAUCUAACUUUGUAACCUGUGUCAUCAGCGGCGAUGAUCAAGGCCAAAUCGGCAUCUCGUCUUACCAGGUAUCAAACGAUGCUGUUGAGAUGGUGCGCGCCGAUAUCAUCGAGCCUUCAGCAGAUCCAAAAGUCAUGCUUGUUCAGUCAGAAGAGGAAAACGAGGCGCUCAACCGCACGCGAUAUAUUCCCGAAGUCUUCUACCGAAAAAUCAACGAGCAUGGCGCAAACGUGCAAGAGAUUGCCAAACCCGACUUUCCAGUUGAAUAUCUGCUUCUCACACUUACCCACGGUUUCCCCACUCAGCCAAACCCCCUCUUCACUGGAGGCAAAUUUCCAAUUGAGAACCGUGAGGCUAUGGGUGAAAUGCCCGAGAUUACACAUCUUAGCAAAGUUCUCAACGCCAAAGCAAACGGUCUAGCGCUCAACACUGCCAGCGGUCUGAACGCAAUCUCGAACUUCCACAUGCUGUGUUUCAUUCAUAACCUGGGCAUUCUUUCAAAGGACGAAGAAUCACUCCUCUUCAAAGUCGCAUCAACGCACGAUACCUCAGAAGGCUCAGCGCUCCAACAUACCGGAGGCUGGGCAACUCUUCUAACCAUCCUCAAAGAAAGUGCUCAGACGCUGUCCGAAGUCACAGCCCAAGACAAUACCAUCCAAGUUCUUUCCCGAACAAUGCAAUCCUCCAACCUACCGCACAUGUUAUUCUACGGCCCCCCAGGCACAGGAAAAACCUCGACUAUCCUCGCUCUCGCCAAGGAGCUCUACGGCCCAGAACUCAUGAAGACGCGCGUACUCGAAUUGAACGCCUCCGACGAACGUGGUAUCAGCAUUGUACGACAGAAAGUCAAGGACUUUGCCAGACAACAGCUUAGUGUUGCGCCGACAUACAAUGUCAUGGUGGAGGACAAGAGCGGGGCGGGAGAGGGCAAGAUGGUGCGGUAUAGGGACAAGUACCCUUGCCCGCCAUUCAAGAUUAUUAUUCUGGAUGAGGCAGACAGCAUGACGCAGGAUGCGCAAUCAGCACUGAGGCGGACCAUGGAGACCUACAGCCGAAUGACCAGGUUCUGUCUCGUAUGCAAUUACGUCACCAGAAUCAUUGACCCUUUGGCGUCGCGAUGUUCCAAAUUCCGCUUCAAGAGCCUGGACCAGGGAAACGCCGUCAAGCGCGUCAGCGACAUUGCUGCUCUGGAGAACGUAUGCCUCGAGGAGGGUGUGGCUGAAGACCUGGUACGAGUCGCAGACGGCGAUCUACGAAAAGCAAUCACAUUCUUACAGUCGGCUGCCAGACUCGUAGGCGCCAUACAAAGUCAAGUUGGAGGGAAAAGGGGCAAGAAGCGUGCCUUGGCCCAAGACGAAGACGAUGAAAAAAAGAGAAAGAAGCCUACCCUGGUCCAAGACGGAGACGAAGGGGAGAUUUAUGCUGCUGCUUCUGCCACCACAACGCCCACGGUAUCCCUUCCCACCAUUGCGGAAAUCGCAGGCGUCCUUCACCCAGCAACGCUUUCUGCAUUUUCCGAGGCUCUCUUCCCCAAAUCCGCGAGUGCAAAGUCAAUACGCUAUAAUGAGAUUGCAAAGGUCGUUGAGAAGAUGAUUGCGGAGGGAUGGAGUGCGUCGCAGACGCUCGGCCAGUUGUACGAGCAGAUCAUGUUUGACGAGCGGAUCGAGGAUGUAAAGAAGGUGCGGCUAGCGGCUGUGUUCAGCGAGACAGACAAGCGGCUGGUAGAUGGUGGAGAUGAGCAUUUAGCGGUGCUGGAUUUGGGUGUCAGAGUUGCUGGUGUGCUUUGUAUGUAG